AUGGAUUUAGAUGAAAAUGCAAAAGAUCCAUAUUUUCCAUUGAAAAUACUGAGCCGACUUUCAGAGAGUAUCCAUGUAUUUUUAGAAAGACGUAAAGAAUUAUGGAAGAAGAACCGAAAUAUUGUUAAAAUAGGUAUUGAAAUGGAACAUGAUCUAUUACCAGUUGAAUCAGGAAAAAAAAAGAUGAAGGAACAUACCGAUCUUUCGAAAGAUUUCAUUAAAAAUUGA